GACACCAUCUUCUUUUAUUUCAUGAGAAAGGAGUAUCCUUAUAAUAUAUAGAAAGAAAAAUGCUGUUUUUGUCAUUAGUCCUCCUAAUACUCUGUGGGUUUCUGUGGAAUUACAAAAGACAGCUAAAGAUUGCAGACAUCACUGAGAAGUACAUUUUCAUCACUGGGUGUGACACGGGAUUUGGAAACUUGGCCGCCAGAACUUUCGAUAAAAAAGGAUUUCGUGUAAUUGCUGCCUGCCUGACCGAAUCGGGAUCAACAGCUUUAAAGGAGGAAACCUCAGACAGACUUUACACCGUGCUUCUAGAUGUGACCAACCCAGAGAACGUCAAGAGAACUGCUCAGUGGGUGAAGAACCAAGUUGGGGAGAAAGGUCUCUGGGGUCUAAUCAACAAUGCUGGUGUUCUUGGAGUGCUAGCUCCCACUGAUUGGCUGACUGUGGAGGACUACAGAGAACCUAUGGAAGUGAACCUGUUUGGACUCAUUAAUGUGACAUUACAUAUGCUUCCCUUGGUCAAAAAAGCUCAAGGAAGAGUUAUCAAUGUCUCCAGCAUUGGAGGCCGGCUUGCAUUAAGUGGAGGGGGAUAUUCUCCAUCCAAAUAUGCAGUGGAAGGAUUCAAUGACAGCUUAAGACGGGACAUGAAAGCUUUUGGGGUGCAUGUCUCAUGCAUCGAACCAGGAUUGUUCCAAACAGGAUUGUCAGAUCCAAUAAAGGCAAAUAAAAAAAAGCAUGCUAUUUGGAAGCAUCUGCCUCCAGACAUCAAACAACAAUAUGGAGAAGGUUACAUCGAUAAAAGUCUAGAAAAAAUGAAGGGUAAUAAUACAUCAUAUAUAAACGUGGAUCUCUCUCUGGUGGUAAAGUGCAUGGACCAUGCAUUAACAAGUCUCUUCCCUAAGACCCGUUAUACUGCUGGAAAAGAUGCCAAGAUUUUCUGGAUACCUCUGUCUCACAUGCCAGCAGUUUUGCAAGACUUUUUAUUGUUGAGACAGAAAGUAGACCUGGCUAAUCCCAAAACGGUGUGA